AUGCUUCCAAACAGCCUCUUUGAAUCACAGCAAUUGGUAUGGCUUCAUAUAUGCCGAUGUUCUGAAUUGGUAGAGCUCCCCAUAUCUCUUGGAGUUCAAAAAAAGAUUGCUCGGUUAAUCUUAAAAGAAUGUGAGAACUUAAAGAAGCUUCCAAGCUCUAUUCAGAUGGAAUCCCUUGAAGAACUCAUGAUAUCUAACUGCCGAAAGUUAGAUACAUUUCCAGAAAUCAAUGGAGAUAUGCAUAGCUUAACAAGACUGACCAUAACUUCUAUGGGGAUAAGAGAAUUGCCUUCAUCCAUUAGGAAUCUGAGGGGCCUCAAAUCUCUCGCUCUGAAAGGUUGUAGAGAUCUUGUAAGUCUACCAGACAACCUCUGUAAUUUGAAGAAUCUUACAUAUCUUACCCUCUGGGGCUGCAAAAAGCUAGAGAAGCUUCCAGAAAACAUUGGUGAUCUGCAACAGUUAAAGUUACUUGACGCAAGUGUUACUGCAAUCUCCCAACCACCUCUCUUCAUCACCAAGCUUGGAGAAAUGCGGGGAUUAAGAUUCUCACAUCUUUAUCCUCCUUUGAGAUCUCUUGAUCUUGCUAAUCUCGAUAUUUUGGGUGGACUUGCCGAGGAUUUAGGAUCUUUGACUUCUUUGGAACGUUUGGAUGUUAGUCGAAGCAAUAUUUCUUGUUUACCAAAAGCAUCAAAGAACUCUUACACCUUGAGAGCUACCCCAAAUUUAGAGGAGCUAUAUGCAGAUUAUCAUUUGGCCUUGAAGAGCAUCAAAAAUCCAGUAAUUAAGUGUCUUAAGUUGCGUUUGCGCUCAAUAUCAUGGUGUGGUCAUCAAAAACCCAAAUACGGCAUUGUCUCCACUUGCCAAGUUAAUGUGUUGAAGUUGCUACAACAUUUAACUAGGACAUGCAUCCAGUGUGACUUCCACCAAAGGGAUUCUUUUCUCAUUGUUUUCCCCAAAGCCACAAUUCCAGAGUUGUUCAAUUAUCAGUUUAUAAAUCAAGAAACGAUCUCAAUUAAUCUGAACCCGUCUUGGUAUACCGAUAAAUUCAUGGGUUUUUCAAUAUUCUUCAGUCCUGAUAUUGGGUAUUUGAUCUUAGUAGUUACAAUGGUAUACAAAUCUGACCGUGAAAGAAAACGUUCCACGAAGUAUGACUGCCGUGUAUUUUCGUCUCAGUUUUCUUCUGUCGAUAUGUGUUUCUUCUACAUACCAUUUGAAACAUUGUGGCAUGCUUCUGACAAUAAAGAAGGGAAGAACCCAAAUGAUUAUUGUCUUUUUGAGGUAUCUACAAAGUACAACAAGGAACUAUGUUGGGGAAUUAGCCUGGAGUAUGAGAAUGAAGAUACUGCAGUGACGACUGAAAUUGGCUUCUCUAUGGUACUUGAGCAACCAGAGCCAUCACUCGCUUCUAGUUCGCGGGUGUCUGCUGAGCAUGACAUUGCCACAGAUAGGGGACUAUAA